UGAUUUGAACAAAAAUAUUGAAUUUUUAGAAUUAGAUAAUUAAAACUUAAAGGGAAAAUUUGCAGAAUAAGAAUUAGAAAGGAGAAAAGUGUAAUUGAGCUAAGAAACACAAAGGUUGAAGUGAGUGACACGCUGGAGUAGACAAAUCUGUCUCUUCUCAACUCUCAACCCACAAAGGAACAACGUUGGGGUUUUCUCGUUCCAAAACGAACUUUUUAGCGUUGCUUGUUUCAACCUACCAAGAAGCAAUAUGAAGAACCAACAUGGUUAUGUGCCACCUGCUUACAUCCCUUUGGGGCAGUCAGAUUCAGAGGCACUGGAUGUCGCUCUGGUUGAGCACAGUGAAGAACGUUCCAACAGCAAUGGAUCGAACCAAAUUCAGGCUCAGACUCAGUGGUCUUCUGGAAUCUGUGCAUGUUGCGAUGAUACGCAGAGUUGUUGUAUAGGUUGUCUUUGUCCUUGCUUUCUCUUUGGGAAGAAUGCAGAAUUUCUGGGUUCUGGAACUUUUCUGGGAUCAUGUGUUACUCAUUUAAUAUUAUGGAGUGCGGUUAAUACAGCCUGCUGCUUUUUAACUGAUGGCUUGUGUUGGGGAGUACCGGGAUGCCUUGUUUCAUGUUAUGCUUGUGGCUACCGCAAGGCCUUAAGGUCAAAGUAUAAUUUACCGAUAGUGAAAUGGCAGUUUCUUGAUUUUGAGGAAGGCUGGUUUCUCUUAAAAAGCUUCUGGUACUGUGAAACACUACUAAAGGGGUCUUCACCUGAAGUAUUUUCCCAGUUGCAUAGCAGUUCCUUCUGUCAUAAUAAUCUAUAGUAUAGAAAUUUGGGUAUUUUAUGUGAAUUACCCGGUCUAAAAUUUUGGAUGUCUCGUAUAAAACAAAUGCUAUGCUAUAUUGAUGUUCUUGGUUUGUGUAGGAAGCACCCUGUGGGGACUUUGUUACCCAUUUUUGCUGUCAUCCUUGUGCCAUUUGUCAAGAGUACCGUGAGAUACGUGAAAGAUCUGUGGAUUCUGAAGCCACAGAUUUGAAGCUGGCUGAAGUUACAGCUCCGCCAGUCCAGACAAUGCAGUAAUACCACUUUCGUUCGCCCCCUCCACCAUGAUCAUGUAUGAUCUAAAGGGUUGCAAACUUAACUGAGGCCUGUGCUUCAUUUAGAAUUCUACACGCUAAGUUAAUGUAGUAGUUAUACUAUAAUGCUGAUGAUCGUGUUUUCUCAGUUUUACUUUCUUUAAUUCUCUUCAAGAAAACUAGAAGAAUAUUAAAUUCCCAGUUGUACAUGAAAAUUUAGUGCGUUUAAUGUUUUGUUACAUUA